GGCUGCUGCUUUCCUGGCAGGGCUGCACUGGGAGAACUCCCUUCCUUCCCACUUCCCUUUCCUCCUCCCAUUCGUUGUCUCUUUGCACACCCCUAAUUUGGCCUCUCAUAGUAAGAGGUCAAUAUGUUUUCACACUUGGGAAAUCUCAUUCAAGAAUUUUUGUCAAUGGACAAGUCAUAAGAAGCCCUUCCAUUUUAGGGCUCGUUGACGUCACCAAGAGGCGAUAAAUAUCUGUUGAUAUAAUUGGAUGUGAGAUUCAGUGUUGAGAUAGCAAAAUUCUGCCCCUCGCUCCUUGGCAGGGCCCUAUGAUUUAUGCAGGAGCAGAGGCAGCACGCAAUCGAGCUGUCAAGAGAGCGUCAGCUUAUUAGGCAAAUGCUGCGUGGUUUCUGAAGAGGGUCGACACUAUAAAAUCCCACUCCAGGCUCUGGAGUGGAGAAACUCGGAGACCAAGUCCAUUGAGAGACUGAGGGGAAAGAGGAGAGAAAGAAAAAGAGAGUAGGAACAGAAAGGAGAAGGGAAGACAACCUCCAGAGAAAGCCCCGGAGACGUCCCUCUGCAGAGAGGCCGCAGCACCCGGCUCACCUGCGAAGCGCCUGGGAAGCGAGCGCCCCUAACAUGCGGCUGCCGCUGCUCGUGUCCGCAGGCGUCCUGCUGGUGGCUCUCCUGCCCUGCCCGCCAUGCAGGGCGCUCCUGAGCCGUGGGCCGGUCCCGGGAGGCCGGCAGGCGCCGCAGUACCCUCAGCCCCUGGAUUUCUUCCAGCCGCCGCCGCAGACCGAGCAGCCCCAGCAGCCGCAGGCUCGGCCGGUCCUGCUCCGCAUGGGAGAGGAGUACUUCCUCCGCCUGGGGAACCUCAACAAGAGCCCGGCCGCUCCCCUCUCGCCCGCCUCCUCGCUCCUUGCCGGCGGCAGCGGCAGCCGCCUUUCGCAGGAGCAGGCGGCCGCCAACUUUUUCCGCGUGUUGCUGCAGCAGCUGCUGCUGCCUCGGCGCUCGCUCGACAGCCCCGCGGCUCUCGCAGAGCGCGGCUCCGAGAACGCCCUCGGCGGCCACCAGGAGGCACCGGCGAGGGAGAGGCGGUCCGAGGAGGCUCCCAUCUCCCUGGAUCUCACCUUCCACCUCCUCCGGGAAGUCUUGGAAAUGGCCAGGGCCGAGCAGUUAGCGCAGCAAGCUCACAGCAACAGGAAACUCAUGGAGAUUAUUGGGAAAUGAAACGGUGCGUUUGGCCAAAAAGAUUCUGCAUUUAGCACACACAAAAAAUAAAAAAACAGUAUUCUGUAACAUAGCGCUGCUCUGAUGCCAUUUGUUUAUUUUUAUAUAGCUUGAAACAUGGAGGGAGAGAGGGAGAGAGCCUAUACCCUUUACUUAGCAUGCACAAAGUGUAUUCACGUGCAGUAACAACACAAUGUUAUUCGUUUUGUCUACGUUUAGUUUCCAUUUCCAGGUGUUUUUAGUGGCGUUUUAAAGGGAAUGUGGACGUGGGAGAAAACGUUUUGUUUGAAAAGCAGACAGAAGUCACCCAGUUGUUUUUGCUGUGGUCUGAGCCAAAGAGAAUGCCAUUCUCUUGGGUGGGUAAGACUAAAUCUGUAAGCUCUUUGAAACAACUUUUUCUUGUAAACGUUUCAGUAAUAAAACAUCUUUCCAGUCCUUGGUCAGUUUGGUUGUGUAAGAGAAUGUUGAAUAUUUAUAUUUUUAAUAAAAGCUGCAAAGGUAA